UCCGUCUUGUGUUCACCAGCUUCGCGGUUUGUUUAUAAAUGCCGCAGAUAUUAUGACGAGGAAGGUGUGGCUAACGUAGUAUUUAAACUCAUCCCUUUGUCAGUUUCGGAUCAGAGUUCAAAAUGUUCGCGCUUUGGCCGCUACGACUUGCUUGGGUGAUUUUUGCUUGUGACCCUGCAGGAGGAACCAGCGCAGCCUCAAGAAACAACUGUUAUCGAAAAGACUGUAAUGGAACAUGGUAUGACAUCCAAGAGGCUACUUGCUGUGAAAACAAACUUUACCCAGGUGCAAGUCUCUCUUGUUGUGGAAAUGAGCCUUACAAUCCUGAAACAGCCACUUGUUGUAAAGUACAGCAUGGGCACGACCUCAAAGCCAGUGUUGACCAGGGUCUGAGUGAAAAGGUGUCCAAGUGUUGUGACCUGAAGGCCUACAACCCAGUCAAUGAAAUGUGCUGUCAGUCCACUAUCACAGCAAAACCUGGACCAAUGGCUGAAUGUUGUGGUAAAGAGGCUUUUGAUAAGGAUAAGCAGUUGUGUUGUGGUCCAACUGAUAAGAGGAUAAUUUUGGUGAGGAAUUCCAGCCACCACCAGUGCUGUGGCCACAACCAGUAUGACACAAAGACUCAGUGCUGUUGUACAAAUAAGGAAGAAAUUCUGGAGAUGCAACCUAAAGAUUCAGACUGCUGUAUGAAGGACUCUCCAGCAGUUCUUCCAUGUGGAAAUAGAACCUUCAACAAACAUACGCAGCUAUGCUGUCACUUAAAUGUUGUUCACAAAUCUCCACAGAAGUACAAAUGUUGUGAUAAAAGGGCAUACGAUGUGGAAAAGGAGCUGUGUUGUGGCCCAAGUAAUAACAAGACAAUUCUAAUGAGGAAUUCCAGUAAUCACCAGUGCUGUGGUCACAACCAUUAUGACACUGACACUCAGUGUUGCUUUUUGAAUAAGGAAGGUGUUCUUGAGAUUCAGCCUAAGGAUCCAUCCUGCCGUGUUAGAGAACAGACAGUUGAGCACCAACCCAAGUGUACUGAACCAAACACACAUCUCUGUGGGUCGUUAUGUUACAAUCCAAAGGAACGUCGCUGCUGUGAGAGAAAUCAAGAAUCUCACUGGUUCUGUGCCUCAGGUCAAAGGAAGACAACACCUACUGUGUACAACCCCCGUACACAAGUCUGUUGUGAUGGAUGUGUCUCAGGAUGGAAGCCUUGGAUAGAUCAAUGCUGUGGAGAGACGCCGUAUGGUUCGGCACAGCGUGGAGUUCUCUGUUGUAAUAAGACCUUGUACAAGGACAGAGAUGGAGAGGAAUGUUCGGAGAUGGGUAUUCCUUACAACCCGGCUAAAGGGACCAUAUGUUGUUCUCAGUUUCACGGGAGCCCAGGACAACACUGCUGUGGGACAGAAAUUUACCAGCCUGAUGUUGAGAUUUGCUGCAAUGGACACAGACAUCCCAGACUGAGAAACAUCCACUGCUGUGGGGUCAAAGCCUACAACAUUAAAGACCCACAGAUGAAGUGCUGUGCAGGAACACUGUACAAUCUGACAUCAUUAGAUGAGCAUGGAGGGGAUGCACAAUGCUGUGGAUCCAUUCUGCAAAAGCCACAGGAGAUUUGCUGCUCAGGUGACGACAAAGAGGUGCUUUACUCUGUCAAGACAGGAUUUGGAUGCUGUGGUCACCUCUAUUACAACACCACCCUGUGGUCGUGCUGCGCUGGGAGGCUUACAUUAAUCAAUGAAUCAAGACAGGAUCAGAGAAAGAUGAUUAAUGAAUACAGACAUCUCUCUAUGAAUAAUCUGAACAAAACUGCUCUUUGCAAUAAAGUGCGCAUUGGGAUUGUGGAAAGUGUGUCUCUGCGUAGCAUUGUUUUCAAGAGCAUGCUAAAAGUCCAUGGGAAGAAAGCCAAAGUCAAAGCUUUGUCUUUGCCGUACACCCUGAAAAUAGUUGAUCACUGCAGCUCCCCUAAACUGAUUCCUGGGAAGAUCUAUAUCUUUAACAACGUUAAUAUUUUCACUGAUUUCAAUCAUGAUUCUGUUCUUCAAUCACUGCAUUUCAUUUUUUCCAAGUGUUCACCUUAGAUCAGUACUCACAUUCUAGUUACAACUGUGUCCUUACUUGUGUUACAAAGGUUAGCUUCUUGAAGGACAGAUUAGAAGAAGAGAGAAUCAUUAAAAGUGCCAUAUGGACAUUUCUUUCAUUUUAGUUCAUGGAAGGACAAGAACAUGCAAGUACAAACUGCUGCUAGCAUGACACUGACAUGCACAUUCAAAGACAUCACACUAUAACAAAGCUGGUAAUGAAAAAUGCAAGUGAUGCUAAGGUAAAUUUGUUGAACCCAGCCAAGCAGCUAGAGUCUUCAUUUGGAAAUAGAUUUCUGUCUAUGUGGGACUGUAGUGUAACCUAAGGUCAUGUUAGAGUAAUGCAAAAAAAGA